GUAUACAAAGAUGGCGUCCUCGACCACGUGGUCAACACGGCCAACAAGGACCGGAGCAGCUGGCAGCACUACAUGAACAUGGCGCCGUCCACCGCCCAACAGAAUGUUGUGGCCUGUCAGCACGGGGCCCACAUUUACUUCUACACAGUCAGACCCAUUGAGCCCAACACCGAACUCCUCUUUUCCUUCUCCCAGGAGUACUCCGACCGGGUCAAGUCUCUGGCAGCGGCUGUUGACAUUGGUAAUAUAUUCUGUGAAAAUGAAAUACAUUUUACACAUAUCAAGAUUGACACAAACAUAAAUAUCAAAGCAUUUUAUAACCUUUCUGUUGUUUAUCUUCAGAACCACUAUCGAUCCAGAAGUCCACUUCAGCAAGAUCAUCCGCCUAUGGCCCACCAAGGAAAUGAGAUCAAAUCUCCACAGAAUAUAACCAAGAGAAAUUCCAGAGUCAUUGAAAACCUGUUCCUACAGAAGCUCUAUGACAACGGUUAUGGCGUCGGUUCUGGACAUUACCCGUCUCAGCAGUUCCGCUUUGACCACAUGCCUGCGGUCUCAGAGUACAAAUCCAACAUUAGCCCUAUUUCAAAGUCCGCCUGCGGUCAAGAUAUUCCCAAGCGAAUGGACACUUCUCACGAAGCGUUUCCAUUCUUCUCAUUGCCUUUGUUGAAACUGGGUAAUCUGUACAAUCCUGGUAUGAUGAUAGAUAGAGCCUACAACCCACUUAUAAAUCCUCUAAGGACCGAUAAUUUAAGUCUUGUUUCCAAGCUUUUACCCAGUGCUAUGAAACAUUCAUCACUGAGUUCAUCCAUGGUAAUUCCAGGUCCCCAUUUCCCAGUUCCAGGCAUGCCCCAUAUGCCUGGUCUAUUUCCCAUGACACCACUAUACCAACAGCUCGUGUCAAAUUAUCCCACAUUACCAAACUGGCCACUGUAUCCCUCACAGUUCCCACAGAGCGGAGAAGUCCCUGCGACCAACAAUCCAUUGCCUGCAGCAUCACAUUACCAAGAUAAAGGUCUAAAUUUAACCAAACCAAAGUCAUCAAACUCUCAUUUAGGAUCAAGAGGUUAUCGAAACUUGCCUUACCCGCUAAAGAAAAAAGACGGAAAGAUGCAUUAUGAAUGCAACGUCUGCUUGAAAACUUUUGGUCAGCUCUCUAAUUUAAAAGUUCAUUUGCGAACACACACGGGAGAAAGGCCUUUCGUUUGCCAAACCUGUGGAAAAGGAUUUACUCAGUUAGCUCACCUUCAGAAACACAAUUUGGUCCACACAGGGGAAAAGCCACAUAAAUGUCAGGUAUGUGAUAAGAGAUUCAGUUCUACUAGUAAUUUGAAAACCCAUAUGAGACUUCAUUCAGGCGAGAAACCGUUUCACUGCAAAUGCUGCAACGCUAAAUUCACACAGUUCGUCCACUUAAAACUUCAUAGACGACUUCACACGAACGAACGGCCCUUUGAAUGCUCACAAUGCAACCGAAAGUAUAUCAGCAGAAGCGGGCUGAAAACUCACUGGAAAACGGGCUCUUGUGUCCCGCAGAACCCGCCCGCAGACUUCAAUACACUCAUGAACAUGAGCUUUGAUGACAAUGGAGACGAGAAGAGUCACGAUUCUCUAGACUCCUCCAACGAUUAUGACAAUGAUAAUAUCGACGUAGACCAACCUGGUGAGGAAGGGAGUGUGCUCACGAAUAUUCACAACAGCCCGCCUGAUAGAAGCGCCUUUGAACGGUGGUCGCAUGACUAUCCACGGUUCAUCGGUUACAAAAAUGAUAAUUUCAGAGAACUUCCGCUCCAUAAUACACCGUUCCGUCACAGUAUGCCAGUAUUCACCGGACUAGUAGCAGACGAUGUGGCAGCCAUGUCUACUGGGAGUUCCCGCAAGAGAUCCAGAUCUUUUGAAGGUAACUUACAUCCAUCGCCUACAAAAACUCCCGACUCCCGACCUCUAAGAACAUCUACGCCUGUAGGUACACAUCUUCUGCCAUCGCCAGAUCGUUUACAAGAUACCGAAUUACACCCAUCAAGCAUCAAUAGGGGAACCCCCUUCUGUUCUUCGUCUUCAACCCAUACUGAUAAAUAUCCAACAAACAACCAAAAUCCCGAAGAAUUGACAAUAAACAAACAAUAUACAGUUCCUCAAACCAGCGAGUGUGAUAAAGAAAGCAAUAACCCAGCGACAACGACAGCUUCAAACACAACUGCAACGUCCAGUCUACACCACCACGCCAUGUUUUCACCAUUCAGCAUGAUCCGCAGAAGUCCUCUAGAGCCACAGCCAUUUUCAGGAAUAUCCCCAACAUCAGGCAUAUCCUCCACGCAUAGAGAGAUCAUUUCUACAUGA